AUGGGAGGUAUCACAGGGCAGCGUCCGCUGUCGGAACUGAGUCCAGUGGCCCAGAGACGAAACUCUCCUAGCUGGAACCAAGCCACUAAGAAAAUGAUCCACGGGGACUCGUCGCCGUUCGGCUCUUCCCCUUUCAACUCGUCUCCUCGUCUCUUCUGGCAGGGACGUGAUUCUGGAUCCCCCUUCCGCACCAGCAUGGAAAACACAGCUCCAUAUGACCCGGAAGCACCUAUCGUCUCUCCAAAGCGCGCAUCCAUCGAGAACCUGAAGCGUGCUUCUCGUGUGAAGAACAGUAGCAUGUUCGCCCGUGAACACAAACAAGAAUACGACCCUGCCCAUGUUCGCGUCCUGGAACGACCCCUCGCUACCGGAAGAGCCUUCAACCAAAGCACCAGUAGCCUGGACGGCGACCCAUCGACAAGGCUGAGCAGUCAACAGAGCAAUGGCGAUCAGGGUCCCGCUGCAAAUGGAAACAGUCUUCCACAGCAAUCUCCCACCAAGGAUCAAGCCUCGCCGGCUAAAUCAUCUCUUUCAAAGGCGACACGUUUUGGGGCCAAGGGGAAUGACUUCGAUCCCCAGGGCCAGAUCUGGUCGGAUGAUCGCACUGCGUCACAGCACGCAGUCAAUGGACAAAGCCACCACCGACAUGCCAAGAGCGUUACAUUCGACAACGCACCGCCGCAGGUGAAUGAAUAUGAAAUGACAACACCAGACCCGUCUUCUAUCGCAUCUGAGUCGCGCGACGGAAGCUAUGAUUCGGAAGAAGAAUUUGCGGAGAUCAGCUUUGAUACAGGCUCGCCAUAUGACAGGGCGGACGACAGCUUUGACGCAUCUUUGGAAGACACUGAGAAAACACCGGUUGUACUGCCUGACGACUGGCGAUUCAUGAGCCCUGCCAGUGCCAACGAUGAGCUGGCUCAAUCGGAAGAGGACCCUUUCACGGAUGCGCGUGGAACUCCCGGCGCUGGAAGCCCUGGACCGGAGGUGCGACCUCAUUCUAGCCACUCGAACGCAAGCGAAUCUAGAGUCGAGUCUUUGGACUCGAAUGGUGAGCGACGGCCGCUUCCUCCUCUGCCGUUUGCGAAUAAUCAACUGGGUCGUGCUGGGUCUCCACGGCUCUCCGCUGCGAUUGAGCGUGUAAGCAGCGGGCAGCGAGUUCUUCCAUCUCCUCCUAAGCCAGCUUCGUACUCCAAAGCUGACAUUAAUGAACUCGGCGGCGGCUCCAUGACUCUAGAAGACAGACUACGUUUGAUGAUGCUCCGCGAAGACGGUCAGAAUCAUGAGCAGACUAAGGAAGAUUCCCAGCGCGACGAGGUUUCCGACGGCACCGAGACUCCCCACAACGAAGUCGAAGGCAAGAAGUCAGAGACAAACAGAGCUACGGGAACUGAGGAAGUCCGGCGCCGAGCGUCAUUCGACGAUGUUUUACUCCCUCGUAUCUCAAGAGAGUCCAUCCUACGCAACAUCAAGAACCACGAUAUCACUCUAGAUGAGCCCUUUGAAUACUUCAGCGCGUCUUCGCAGCGUGAAUCCAGCCCGGACCACUAUCUACACUUUGAUCCCGAUGUCCCUAUCCCGUCGCUCGAGAACGACAGUGACGAUGAUAUGGAGACUGGCAGCGUGAUCAAGCAAGAAAUGACCGACGAUGACUACGAUAUCUACGACAUCCCAGAAUAUGAUGACCAGCAACCUCAUGACUACACUGCCCCAGGCGAAUCACAGCAGACAACGCCUGACAAUGAUGAUGACAGCCACUAUUCUCGCAACUCCGAGGAUAAGGCCGAAAAGGAAAAGUUCAACUCUAGCACUUCAUCAGACGGACAAAGCACUCCAGUGCCAGAAAACAAGCCUGAGAUAACUGUUCAGGGCCCGUCUGAGGAAACCACAGAGAUUUCUACUGCGGGCAAUGAGACUGAAUCUGCUCUUCACAUGAACGACAUUAGGGAAUCCCUUCAGCGUCCGCAGACCCCAGAAGCAGGGGAGAAAGAUGACUCUGACGAGGAGCCUUCGACUCCGGAAUCUGUAAUUCGGCAUCCGAUUGAAGAGACAUAUUCAGACGCAGAAUCCGACCCGGAGUCGAUACCAGAUCCGAUUGCGACCGUGAAAGCACCUGGAACAGGUUUCAAGAUUAGACCGUCUCUCACCCCGGCAGAUACUGCAACGAUGGCGGCCACUCGCCGCAAGGUGAGCUACCAGGAACAUCCAAUGCCAGCCCUGACGAAGAAGAUCUCGAACGGAUCUAGCCACUCGACUGAAGAUGGUAGCAACGCGCCUUCUCACCCCAAACUAGGAGACAAUAUUCCUAAACUUGAAAUCGGACUUGGAGCCCCGCAGCGUCAGAGCAGUCUCGUGAAACUCGAUAUCCCAGUUACAGGCAAUGAUGAUAGUCUCUUCGGACUUGAUAAAGAAUUCGACCGUGUUAUCGAAGCCCAAAAGGUUGCGUUUGAACUCUCUCUUUCCCAGAGUUUACAUUCUUUCCCGCCCCAAAGUACCCAGGAUAGACAUACAAGCGAAAACCCAGAACCCAAGGACACUGAAUAUGAUAGUUCGAUCCCAUUACAUGAGAAUCUCGCUAACAGGAGUUCCCCGAGACAGAGAGGUUACCUCAUGCGCCAGAACACCAAGGUCAUCAUUGCUAGCAGCCAGAACGACGAAGAAAGCGCACCACCAAAUCCAGAGCAACGCGAAACGAAACCAGCGAGCUCAUCCUCACGCAAGGCCAGUCAGCCAACAUGGACCACAGAGCCUUGGCAGGGCCAUCGCCGACAGAGCAUCAAGCUAGCUGGUGCACCCGGUAAAAAGAAGCCCGCCAGUGGAUCAGUGCCACCGCUCCCAGGUCAGGCGAGCAAUGUCCAAGAAGCGGCUCUAGCUGUUGAGGAGCUUGAGAAUAACGGCCUUAAUGAGACCCUCGAGGAAGGAGAAGAACGAGGAAGGCUCUUUGUCAAAGUGGUCGGCAUCAAAGAUCUUGACCUGCCUCUACCACGUGGCGAGCGAUCGUAUUUCGCGCUUACUCUGGACAAUGGCCUGCACUGCGUUACUACAGCAUGGCUCGAGCUAGGAAAGUCUGCUCCGAUUGGACAGGAAUUUGAACUCAUUGUCCAGAAUGACCUUGAGUUCCAGUUGACUCUCCAGAUGAAGGUCGACGAGGCAAAGCUUUAUCCGCAGGAAUCUGUUCCUGCCACGCCGACGAGGCAGAAGACUUCAACUUUCAGCCGAGUAUUUGCAUCCCCAAAGAAACGUAAGGAGAUGGAUCUGAAACAGCAGCUCGAGGCCCAACAACGACAAAAGGCUGAGAGUAAAGCUGGUUCUGGGGCUUGGGAGAAACUCCGGACACUGAUCGCUCGUGAUGGCAGCUUUGGCCGUGCAUAUGUCUGCUUGAGUGACCAUGAGAAGCAUGCUUUUGGCCGUCCAUACGGUGUCGAUGUGGCCUGUUUCAACGAAUGGGCUGUUGAAGAAUCGAGCAGCGUCAAGAGCAAGAAGAGUUCUUCCAGUUCCGGCUCUCAGAGGAAGCCGCCAUAUAAGAUUGGCAAUCUCGAACUGCAACUUCUCUUCGUGCCGAAGCCAAAGGGGGCCAAGGAUGAAGACAUGCCUAAGAGCAUGAAUGCCUGCAUUCGGGAAAUGCGAGAGGCGGAGAACACAGCAGCUCGUUCUUUUGAAGGUUUCUUAUCACAGCAGGGUGGUGAUUGUCCCUACUGGCGUCGCCGCUUUUUCCGUCUCCAGGGAUCCAAGCUUACUGCGUACCAUGAGACUACCCGUCAACCUCGCGCGACAAUCAACCUGGCCAAAGCUGUGAAGCUAAUCGACGAUAAGUCCUCACUCACUCAGAAGGAAACUUCUACCAAAGGCGGCGGCCGACGCAAGUCUGCUUUCGCCGAAGAAGAAGAAGGAUACAUGUUCGUCGAGGAAGGUUUCCGUAUCCGCUUCGGCAAUGGCGAAGUCAUCGAUUUCUACGCUGAUGGCGCUUCAGACAAGGAAGCCUGGAUGAGGGUCCUCGCAGAGACGGUAGGCAAGGGCCAAUCCGCCAGCAGUGGCCCGACGAAGGCAUGGACAGAGCUUGUCCUCAAGCGCGAGAAGAGCCUGAGCAUUCGCCGAGAUGCAGAGCGCGUUCUUGGUAACGGUCCCGCACCACCGAAGAAAGAUAAUAUCAAACCCGUCGCCUCGAAAGCCCCUGCUCCUCCUCCACCGCAGAGAAGACAUCAGCACACUCUGUCAUCGCCUGAAGCCCGUAAUCCAGAUGUCCGCAGACAAAAGACCCGAUCUUUGAUCUGGUGA